GGUCACGCUUCUCUUUGCCGUUUCUCUGCUGCAAUCAUGUGAAGCACGAGAGAGCAGAGUGACUGCUGUGGUGAUGCAGGAGGGAGAAGAUCUGAUCCUGGAGGUUCAUGAUGAAGUUCCUGAGGAUUUCUACGCUGUUUACUGGAGAUUCAACAACAUGGUCUAUCUCGUAAGAUUUUCACCUGGUAAAGAACCAGAGGUCUCUUCUAAUUUUACUGGAAGGGUUGAGUUUCCUGGGAACAGAUUCUCUGUGAAAUUGAAGAAUCUCCAGCUGGCAGACAGCGGAGUUUAUACUGCAGGAGUGAUCACGGUUGAUGGAGACCAACGUCUAGAUGAAUACGAGGUCACAGUUCUAGCUCCAGUGUCUCCAGUUAAGCUCUCCGUGGUCUCCAGAAGCUCCGCCUCCUGUAACCUCACCGUGAGCUGCAGCACAACACGUGACUCUCACAUCAUCAGCAGCACUUUCACAUGCGCCGACGGGGCCUGCGGUCAGGAGGGUGGAGGCCGGUCGGAGGUCACGACCCCCGGCGCUUCUCUCCGGCUCUACCUGUUGAACGGCUCCAUCGUCUGUCACCAUAGCAACCAGGUUCACUGGACCCAGGCCUCUGAAGGGAUCCGACACGUCUGCUCCCAAUACGCCGCUGGUCCACCUGUGUACCUGGUGAAGAUCGUGGUGUUCUCAGUGGGUCUGGUCAUCAUGGUGUCUGCUGUCAUCGCCGUUCACCUCAAGGAGAAGCUCCGGAAGCACAGAUGAACAUCUUGUUCUCCAGCAGCCAAUCACAUCACGCAUAGCUAUAUGGACAGUGAUCACACCAAGAGAGCAUGCUAUAUUACUGCUAGCAUGCUAUAUUACUGCUAGCAUGCUAUAUUACUGCUAGCAUGCUCUAUUGGUGUUAUCAUGCUAUAUUACUGCUAGCAUGCUAUAUUACUGCUAUCAUGCUAUAUUACUGCUAGCAUGCUAUAUUACUGCUAUCAUGCUAUAUUACUGCUAGCAUGCUAUAUCACUGCUAUCAUGCUAUAUUAGUGCUAUCAUGCUAGACCACUGAACUCAUGAUAUAUUACUGCUGAGGCCACCUUUAAAACAAAUGCCGAUCAUCCUUGAUUAUCUAUUGAUUUUACCCAAUAUCACCGAUUAUACUUUGAAAGUGAAAAUUAUUACUUAAACCAUAAAAAGUUUUUUUAUGAUCAAAACCAGCAAAAUACAAACAAUCGCCUUGAUGAAUGCACUGUAUAUAACACUGCAUGUGGUCCUAUUUGCCCCCUCCCCCCCCCCAAAAGAAAUAUUCCAUAUAUGUCUGUUUGUAUUUACAGUGUUUACAUUUCAGUUCAUGGUUGUUUCUAGACUUUGGGUGGAAGCGAUUUGAAGUACAUGCACCAUUAUUAUUAAAGCUUUAUACUCAUCUUGUAUUUCUGUGAUUAAUGGAACCUUAAGGUCGCGUUAACAGGCUUUUUUAAUAAUGUGAUUUUGCUCAACAAGGUUUUGCUUUAGUAAACACACUCGACACACUGAAUUCAUGACAUAUUAUUAGGGCUGUCAGCGUUAACGCGUUAAUAUAUGCGAUUAAUUUGGCCGCAUUAACGCACAAAAAUAUUUUAACGCAAUUAACGCAACUUUGUUUACUUCCGGUGUUCGUUGAAUUUGUUUCACUCCCCUGAGUGUCAAACCGCGGCAGUACGGUUUAACACUGUUUCCGUUUUUAAAACCAUUAUUUCUCCGCGAAAAUAAGGAUCAUAAAUCAGUUUAACUCUCUCAUCUGGACAGCCAGAGGGGGGGCUAUGUGAGACUGCUGUUCAUUGAUUAUAGUUCAGCUUUCAACACCAUAGUCCCCUCCAGACUGGCCGGCAAGCUGAUUGAGCUGGGACUGAACACCCCCCUGUGU